UUUCUAGCUACAGUUUUAUUUGACUUAUGAUUCGGCAUAUUCUGCCCAAUUGUGAAGUAUCUUAAAAACCAAAACGCUGUUUAAGCCGCUGCUAAACUUUUGUGUUAAGGCGCCCCUCUGUGGCAAACAUUAUAUUACGAGGACUCCGGCGCCAAACUUACACAUGUACAAUACAACCUCACAGGCCUGCUAGCAAACAAGUGUGGCUAGACCUGCUGCCAUAGUUUAGUUGUAAAAAUGUUUGUCGCUCGUAGUAUCGCAGCAGAUCAUAAAGAUCUCAUUCACGACGUGUCGUAUGAUUUUCACGGUCGUAGAAUGGCAACUUGCUCCAGUGAUCAAAGUGUUAAGGUUUGGGACAAAAGUGAGAAUGGCGAGUGGCAUUGCACAGCCAGCUGGAAGACACACAGUGGAUCAGUGUGGAGAGUAACCUGGGCUCAUCCAGAAUUUGGACAGGUUCUAGCCUCCUGUUCCUUUGACAGAACUGCUGCUGUCUGGGAGGAGAUUGUAGGGGAGUCCAAUGACAAACAAAGAGGGUUGAGCCACUGGAUAAAGAGAACCACACUCGUGGACAGCAGAACAUCAGUGACUGAUGUGAAGUUUGCUCCCAAACACAUGGGACUGAUGCUGACCACCUGCUCAGCAGAUGGGGUGGUGAGGAUCUACGAGGCUCCUGACGUGAUGAACCUGAGUCAGUGGUCCCUGCAGCAUGAAAUCUCAUGCAAGCUCAGCUGCAGCUGCAUUUCUUGGAACCCAUCCAGCUCUCGUGCUCACCCUCCAAUGUUUGCUGUGGGGAGUGAUGACAGCAAUGUAACAUACGGUGGGAAGGUUCAGAUCUACGAGUACAAUGAAAACACACGGAAAUAUGCUAAAGCAGAGACGCUGAUGACAGUCACAGAUGCCGUCCAUGACAUUGCAUUUGCUCCAAACCUGGGGAGAUCGUUCCACGUGCUCGCCAUCGCAACAAAAGAUGUCAGAAUAUUUAAGCUUGUUCCCAUGAGGAAAGAGAGCACCACCACAGGACCCACCAAGUUUGAGGUACAGAUUAUGGCUCAGUUCGACAACCAUAAUUCCCAAGUGUGGCGUGUGAGCUGGAACAUCACCAGCACCCUGCUGGCUUCUUCUGGAGAUGAUGGCUGUGUGCGUUUAUGGAAAGCUAACUACAUGGACAACUGGAAGUGCACGGGUAUCUUGAAGGGAGAUGGCAGCCCGCUGACGGGUUCAUCUGGUCAACCCUCAGCAAUGAGCACUGUGGUGGGCUCCUCUGUUCAGACCUCCCAGAAUGCCCUGAACGGGAUGUCAGCAGGAAGGAUUGACAAGAGAGCUCCCUUUGCUCCUCCCCUGCGGCAGCUGACCUCUCCAAAGAUAAACCAGAGUCCAGCAUAUUACUAAUGUGUCCGUGUGUCCACGUGUUGAUAUAUUUAAAAUACAAGACUGUGCUCGGUGCAUUUCAUAACUGAUUACUUGGUUAUAAAUGGUUGAAGUUUUCAUCAUUGGCAUGAAAACUGCAUGCAUGUACUCCACAGCUUACACUUUGUUUUGACCCCUUUAAUAUUUUGAGAGAAGUUUACUGGUGUUUGAUAAUGGUGUUGCACACACACUUGUGGAAAAUAAACUGAUGUUACCAUUA